GCCACCGUUGAUACAGUCGAACUUGGUGACGCUCACGCACCCAAGCAAGAGUCCCUCCGGGUAUUUGAACAGAUUGAGGAUGAGUUAAAGCAGACGCUCAUCCACACCCGCCACGAGUACAAUAAACACGAACCCGAAUACUUUGCCGCUGUAAAGCACCUCAGCAAUGCCGAACUGACCGGGUUUACCGCCGAGAACUUUCAACAGGUCCGUGUCGCCGUGUCCACCUACGGCUUACACCUGUUCGGAAAGGUGCGCAUCCCAGCGCUCGACAGAGUGGGGCCGUCAUACAUACACUUCCGGGCCUUCACCGGCGGGCCUGACGAAAGGGCGACGCUGCAUAGUAUCCAUACCGAAGACAAACAAGAUCCCAGCGGAGGACAUACCUACCGUGCCGUCUUCACGGAGAAUGACAGGUUGGAAUGGUUUGACACCUGA